UAAGGGACUGAAUAAUUCAUGUGUGUGGUGAGAUUUGGGGUAUAGUAUGUAUGAAAGGGGUGAGGAGACAGAGAGGGAGGGGAGAAGCUAUGGAUGGAGAGAGGGAUGCUGUUGCCAGGGAACAGCAGCCACACAGAGGACCACUGAAAACAACAGUAGGAUUAUCUAAUGGAGUGAAGAGAAUGGUGCUCAUUUUUUACCAAGUUGCUGUAGGGGAUAAAUGAGCUGCCUCCUCGGAAAGAUUUGGAUACUCAAAGAAGGGUCUGAAUUGAUAUUUGGGAGUGGAGGAAGAUGGUCUGAAGGUAUUAGAGGCUACAGGGAGAGAAAAGAGGGAGAGAGAGCGAGAUAGCGAGGGGGAGAUCACGAUGCCAGAGCAGAUGCAAUCUGAUUAAAGGAAUUUUGUGUCUUGGUUGUGUGGACGUCGGAGCUGAGAGGCAGGCUGUCGGCUCGCUCUUCACGGCCAGUCUAUCUCCCAACAAAGGUGGCCAGAGGCGGAGGAGAAGAGGGGGAGUCCAACACAGAGGUGCCCCCUGUCUUCAAACACCUGCUGCUGGCUGGCGGCUGACAUCGAGGACACUGUAUGACUGUGUCUGUGCACGAGCGCCUGCGUGCGCAUGUGAAUGAGUGAAAGACGGGGAGCGUGAGAGGAGAGAUUUCAGCCUGACCCCUGCUUUUUUUUCUGGUGGCGAGGAGGAUCAGGGCUCUCUCCUCUUGAAUCCGUGUGACUGAGGAGGAGGGAGGACGCACAGACACGGAGCAGCGAGAGGUUUUGUGGGGAUCUCACAACGCUCAUGCCCCGGCUCUCCUCUCUGAGGGAUGGGCACCACAGAGGCGACUCUACGAAUGGAGAACAUGGAAGUGAAAGAUGAGUGGCAGGAUGAAGACUUCCCCAGACCACUGCCAGAGUACGGAGACAUGGAUUCCUCCUGUGGUCUCACAGACGACAGAGCCUCUCCCCCCAACUCCCUGAAUGUAAGCCCACCAGGAGGAGGCGGCGGGGUGUCAUCAUCGCACCGUAAACGCCGGACACUGGUUGCCCCGGAAAUGAACCUCUCACUGGACCAAAGCGAGGGUUCUCUGCUGUCAGACGACUUCCUGGAUACACCGGACGACCUGGACAUCAACGUUGAUGACAUUGAUACGCCUGAUGAGACAGACUCGCUGGAGUUCAUCACCAAUGGCAACGAGCUGGAGUGGGAAGAUGACACACCAGUGGCCUCAGCAAAAGCAGGUCCUGGUGAUGGUUCAGGAGAAGCAGACGAGGACGGGAAUGCCAACAACGGACGUCUCUGGAGGACGGUGAUCAUCGGAGAACAGGAGCAUCGUAUUGACAUGCAGGUCAUCAGACCUUACCUCCGGGUCAUCACACACGGAGGUUAUUAUGGCGAGGGCCUGAACGCCAUCAUUGUUUUCUCUGCCUGUUACCUGCCUGACAGCAGCUGUCCAGAUUACCACUACAUCAUGGAAAACCUCUUCCUGUAUGUGGUGAGCAGUCUGGAGAUGCUUGUUGCUGAAGAUUACCUGAUCAUCUACAUGAAUGGAGCCACUCCUCGGAGUAAGAUGCCUGGGAUCAGCUGGCUCAAGAAGUGCUACCAGAUGAUUGACAGAAGAUUGAGGAAGAACCUGAAGUCUUUGGUCAUCGCUCAUCCCACGUGGUUCAUACGCACCGUCCUGGCAAUAUCCAGGCCCUUUAUCAGUGUGAAGUUCAUGAAUAAGAUCCAGUACGUCCACAGCCUGGAUGAGCUGGCAGAGAUUGUCCCCAUGGAGCACGUCCAUGUUCCAGAGUGUGUGGUGCAAUUUGACGAGGAAAGGAUUAAAGCACGGAGAGAAAGGAUGGAGCAGGAGCACAGACAGCAGGAGCAGCAGCAGUCAGUCCCACAGGAGCCAAUUAAAAAGUCAGAGAGGCCAAAGUCGAUGUUUGUAGGUGAAGGAUUAUGAGAAGGACAGAGCCCUGCAGAGUGACAGACAUAUGGAGCAUGAAGCCUUCGAUUUAUACCCUUGUGAAGCUGUGGUACAUCAACUCUACGUGUGCUUUCUUGUUUUACCAACAUCCAGCGGGGCGAUUUUGUGCCGUCAUUUUGCGAUCAAGAUGGCACCUCAUUUUCCUUCUGUCUGGAACCCCUUCUGCCUCUCCGUCGGUCAUCGGACCUUUUGUAUAGCUCAUACUGUAAUGUUACGUCAUCGCAAGGCUCCAGAUAUUGAGAGAAACUUUGCGCGUGUGUGGCAGUGUUGGGUGAAACAAUUGUAGCUCCAGUUGUAGGUUCUUCACAUGAAGGAUUACAGACAUUUACUGUGGUUAAAGGAAAUUUAACAGCUCUACUUUUGGUCAUAUUAAGGUACAUAUCUUGAAUUAACCAGGUUAUGCAACCAAAGUCCAGGUUGUCUCUUUGAAUUCCUAAAAUUCUGCCAAUACAGAAAACAAUAACUAAUCAAGUCGGCCUUUUUGACGCCCAUUGAGAAAAUCCUCAGACUCCCUUAAAAGAGCAUUACAUUUGAGACUAGUUGCUAUGGGAGGAACUUCAUAGGAAACGGUGUCUACAACAGAUUUCUGACUAUUUGAGCCUUCGUUUUAAUUCAGCAAAUGAAAUACAUGAAGAUAUUUCUUUCUUUUUUGGAGAUAUAAGAAUUUAAGCUGAUAACAGUGAUGUGUAAAUAUGUUAAGAAUGAUUUAGCACUUGGUGAGACCAGAGAUGUCUCACAGCAACGUCAUUGAUGUAGCAGGUGCUGAGCUCGGGUCAGUGUGUGACCACAUUAUAUUCGCGUGAAUAUAAUGUGUGUUUGAUGUAAAUAACAAUAGUUCCAAUGUAUCAGAUGCCUUCAUCUUUAUUUUCUUGCCCCAUAAAUGCUGUAUAAUAAGGCCUUCUUCAGUACUGACAUUUUGAAAAUGUCCAAAUGUACUAACAUCUGUACUCUACCUUGUGUUAUGAUGUGCCUCAGUCGUCUUGUACAUAGAAAAUGCGGGAACAUGAUCAAUAUUUGCAUUUUGUGGCCUGGAAACCCAUGUGAGAAAAAUGUAUAAGAAUUAUACAUAUGUUUGUGAAGCAGUGCUUGUUGUGUCAUAUGGCUACUGAAAGCCUUAAACAGUCAUGGGUCAAACAUGUUAUUGACUGUUUUGCUGUGAGUUAAAGUUAAAUUUGUAUUUGUUUUCUUGAGAUCACAGGUUAUUUAUGCCAUUAUAUAACAAAUGUGGCUCUCCCAAGAUAAUUUAUCAUAAGAAAACAACUUGAUAAGAUUCAUAAGAGUGGACCAUGACAUACACACCGCUCUGUGAAGUGGGAUUUAAUGGGAUUUAAUUCUAAUAUCCAUUAAUGAUUUGCCAAUAACACUCCAUUAUCUGAUAUUCUCAACUAAAAUCAGUUGCUGCACUUGGUUCAUGUGAUCUAAACAAUCAGUAAGGAAAAAAGGGACCAACCUUUUGUUUCUGGUUAAUUUAUCCUGUUAUCUUGGGAUAUCAAAGCUAGUUUUCUUGAGAUAUCGUGAAAAAAUCUCCUUAUCUUGGCAAAACAUUUGUCAUUCCAUGAAAUGUUGAGAAACUAGUAUGUUUGACCCAUGACCAUUAGGGCUUCUGUACAUGGUUAUGGCCAACUUCAUACAACAUUAAACAAAAAGGCUUCCUAUUCACUACGCCAUAUUUAGACGUCAUACUCUUCAUAUUGCAACCUGUAUGUCUGUUAAGAUAAAUAUAACACUAACCCAACACAUCUGCAAUAAUUUUGUAUGAAGUUCGUGUCACAGUGGCCAUAAUGAAGACACAAGCACUGCCCGUGUGUUGGCAUAAUCAUUUUAUAAAUUGCACUCCUGUAUUAUUCUUACAGAUCUGUUUCAUAUGGGAUCAUUUGUUGCCAGCUAACAGUGAAAACAUGUUCACCCCAUAACUUGAUUAAGUACAAAGUGGCCUGUAAAGGAUGACUUUUUGAUCUGAUCUUAGAUUGAUGAGGUUAAUGUAGCUCACGUGGAGAUUAUUUCAUAACCUUUGUUCAUUUCAUCUCCUUGUGUUUUUCUGAGUCGAUGUCCACACAUUGUCACGUUUAACAAGCAUUUCUCAAACAUCCUAAUGCAUUAUGGAUUGUUUUGGGGUUGCAUUGAUUUCCUCUCAUGUCUUCCAUCUGUUCAACUUAGUAGCAGCAGGAGGGCAACGGAGUAAGAAUUUUUAUUUUUGUAAAAUGCUGCAUAAUUUUGUUUCCUGCCUGCCUCGUUUUGCACUAUUGGAUUUGGUUGUCACGUUUGAAUGGUUUCAGCAUGUAAUGGGAUUGAUUUGUGUUCAGGAGCUUCUCCUAAAAUGUAUUUUGUGUUGUUACCUAUUGCCAUGCAGUUGUGUAGCUGUUAGUAAGGCAUGGACAAGCUUCUUUGAAGCAGAAAGUAGGACUCUUAAUUCAUAAGUGCCAUCUUAAUUCUAGUUUUCCUCAUAUUCUUUUGCCUUUCUGGUACAGGAAUGUUAACGAAAAGGUUCAACUUCAUCAUUUCUUUCCAGAUGUGAGGCUGUAUUCACACCAACAAACCAAACCUGAACAGUUUCCUCCCGUAUUUAUCACAAUCCAAACAGAGCUCAUCGUUCCUUUGAGUAUUGUUGGCUGUACUUAGUGCCUAUUUUUGAACCAAAUGGUAAAAGAAAUCCAGAUAAUCUGAAGGAAUGUAACAUGUGACCGUUUGAUUUGUAGUUAUAUUAGUUUAUAGGUUAACUAUAUCAAUUCAGACCCAAUAUCAUCGGCAGGGUUUGCAUAUAAAUGGCUGAUAUGAACUUUCCACAAAUCAAAAUGUUCAGUUUGACUAGAAAAGCACAAUAUUUGUACAUAUUCUUUGCCUUCCAUUUGUCUGCUUUAGCACGUUUGCUCAGAUUUCAGCGCGAAAGAUGAUUUAUCAUUCGUGGUUCUGAAGUCGUUUUGAUUGAUAUGAUCGGUUCUGCCUUGUAAAUAUGACUGAAUAAACUAUUCCUCACAACAA